CUUGCACGGCCGCUACGUUGUACAAAGCGCCCAGAUCUGCCCCCAUCUCUCAUCUCUGGAAUCUGGAAUCUGCAUUCUCUCCUUUGCUUCAGUUGCGCGGUUCCUUUUCUCUUUAGUGCACGCUGCUCCAUUGUGCGUAUCAGGACACCGUAGAAAUCCCGUGUGCAGGCGAGCCGUGUUGUCGUCUCUCCGGUCUGCCAGAUUGCCAGGAUCAGUGUCGCAUCUGCUGGAUACAUCAGCCAGCGCGGAGGAUCCAGACUCGGACGCACGAUACUUGAUCCGGGAUGUCGCAUAUUGACGAGCGGCCGACUCUGCUGCGGCCGCCGGAGCCCGAUGCGACCAAGGCGCCCAUUGAGAAUGUGCUCGAGGUGACGGAGCUCAAGGUGCUGGGGCCGGACGUCUUCUCAAACACCCGCAAGCAAUGGCAUCCGCCCGGCGCGCGCGGCAUCUACGGCGGGGCCGUCAUCGCGCAGACGCUCGCGGCGGCGCAGAAGACGGUGCCGGAGCAGUUCUUCCCGCACUCGUGCCACUGCUACUUCCUGCUCGCGGGCUCCGACGAGAUCCCCAUCCUCUACCACGUCGAGCGCGUGCGUGACGGCCGCUCCUUCGCCACCCGCACCGUCCAGGCGCGCCAGCAGGGCCGCUGCAUCUUCACCACCACCAUCAGCUUCGUGCGCGAGGCCACCGGCGGCAAGAAGCAGGUGCGCCACGCGGCCCCGCUGCCGGACGGCAUCGUCGCGCCGGCCGAUGACUGGGACGGCGAGCCCGAGUGGGCGCGUUCCGGGCCGUUCCAGAGCCAUCGCAUCGAGGUGCUCCGCGGCCGCGAUCCCGACGCCCAGCCCUACGAGCGCAAGUGUCGGCAGUGGCUCCGCGCGCGCGGCAACAUCUCCGAGGCCGGCGGCCACCAGGCGCACCUGAACGCGCUGGCGUACAUGUCGGACAGCUACUUCAUCGGCACCGUGUCGCGGAUCCACGGCCUCUGGCGCUUCCCCUUCGAGCCGGAGGAGGUGGCGUCGCUGCCCGAGGCCACGCAGCAGCAGGUCGCGCACCUGAGCGAGUUCGAGGGCAUGGGGCCCGACCUGGAGGACUGGAAGGGCCGCCCGCGCCUGGGCAUGGUGGUGAGCCUGGAUCACAGCAUCUACUUCCACGAGCCGCGGGCGGUGCGCGCCGACGAGUGGAUGUUCACCGAGAUGGAGAGCCCGUGGGCCGGCGACGGCCGCGGCGUCGUGACGCAGCGCAUCUUCGGGAGCGACGGCGUGUUGCUGGCGACGUGCUACCAAGAGGGCGUUGUGCGACUGAAGCAGGAUGGAACCGAGAGCGGAGCCAAGUUGUAAUAUGUUUUGCGGCGAGGGAGUGCAAGUGUACGAUGAUGAUGUGCCUGCAGUGGCAAAGCAGACGGGAAGGACAAAUAGCAAAGGACAAGACAAGUCGUGAAUGGAAUGGUAUAGAAGCCAGACAAACAUAGUAAACGUCAGACUAGACUAAAGCAAUUACUACAUCUGGGCAUCGUACGUGUCUCUGGCGUGGCCUGGUGAUUGAUGCAAAC